GCCACCUUGUACUACCUACCAGUCUACCCUUGCCUUCCGUGGCCCUGGACGUUCCAGGGAAAUUUGAACGCCCCCUGGACCGCUUCCCACAAACAAUCACAUUUGUGGGACUACCAGAGCUUUUCGGUUUACUAAGUGCUGCCUUUUUUCCGCCCACUUGUCUGUGACACGGCAACAAAGAUGAAUGACACCCCGCAAGCUCGGCAACAUGAACGUGUCCACGAUACCGAGCAAACACCCCUCCUCGGAGGAACGCACAACGCGCAGGAACCCCGCACCGCUGAACCCGACGCUAACGACCUAAGCAGCGCCCGCCUCGCCGUGGUGUUUGGGAGCAUUUGGAUCAUUGUCGUCUUGACAGCUCUCGACUCAACCAUCGUCGCUACUCUCACCGCCGUCAUCUCAACCUCCUUUUCAUCGUUCAACAACCUUUCCUGGUUUGGUACCGCUUACUUGGUUGGGACUGCCGCCACACAACCCUUGGCUGGAAGAUGGACCGAUAUUUACGGGCGCCGCCGGGGCCUGAUUGUGGCUGGCAUUGUCUUCGGCAUUGGUACCCUGCUUUGCGGGCUGGCAACUCGGGAAUGGGUGUUCAUACUCGGCCGCGCUGUUGCCGGGGCUGGGGGAGGCGCAACGACUGCGACCUCCACAUUUGUCGGCGCCGACCUGGUGCCGCUGCGGAGACGCGGUGUGGUCCAGGGCAUUAACAACAUAGCGAUGGGCUGUGGCACUGGGCUUGGCGGGCUUGUGGGUGGUCUGUUCAACAAAUGGUUUGGCUGGAAAAUGGCUUUCCUAGUCCAGCUCCCGAUUGUUGUCCUCGGCGUCGUACUCUGCGCUGUGGUCCCAGACAUCCCGUCACGCCCGGCCAAGGAAGAUCAUGGGCGCCGGCUGGACUAUGCCGGCUCCGUCACACUCGUUCUCGCCAUCGUCCUGUUGCUGGUUGGUCUCAACGCCGGAGGCAACCAGGUGGCGUGGAGCCACCCGCUUGUUUGGUCGACCAUGGCCCUGGCCGUCAUCCUCUUCGCGCUGUUCUUGUACAUUGAACUUCGCUAUGCUGCGCAGCCGAUCAUUCCCCUCGGUCUUCUGCUGCAUCGCACCGUCUGGUCUGGUUGUCUUACCUACUUCUUCGCUCACAUGGCUGCCUUUGCGACCAUGUACUACAUCCCCAUCUACCUUCAGGUUCGGGGGAGCGAUCCCACUCACGCCAGCCUCCGAUUCAUUCCGCAGAGCAUAGGGACUGCCAUCGGUGCGUAUGGGACCGGCUUGUUGAUUAAGGCUACGGGUAACUACGUCUACCUCUCAGCCGCUGCUCACGUCUUUCUCGUUGCUGCUUCGGCUCUGGCUACGACGCUAGACGGGCAGACACCUUCCUGGUGCCCCUUUCUAUACCUUGGCAUGAUGGGACUGGGGUUCGGGGCUAUGCUUGUGACGACUAUGCUUGCGCUUAUUAGUUCAGUGGAGCAUUCCGAACACGCCGUUGUCACUUCCGCAUCGUUUACUUUCCGGGCUAUCGGAUCCUCUACUGGCAUCACCGUCGCUUCAGCGGUUUUCCAAAACACUCUCAUCCGGGGUCUCCAUCGACGAUUGGGCGACGGAGAAGAUAUUGAUGAACUCACUGAACGUAUCCGGAGGAACUUGGACGCCAUCUGGGAGCUUGAUCCGCCGACGCGUACCGCUGUUCAGGAUGGCUACAUGGAAUCCCUACGUUUUGUCUUCAUCGCUAUUCUAAUCAUAAGCGCGAUCUCAAUGGCCUGCAGCCUGGUCAUGAGGCAAAACAAGCUUCACAACAACCUUGCCAGGCGAUGAGAGUGCCUUCUAAGAAUCACACCGAGAUGGCGUUGGACGAAUGCGGAGUGGAGCUGGAUCGUAAGUCAGUUUCUUUCCAACCAUGUCAGGUUGGUCGGAAAAGGAAGACACGGAUGGGGGUUGGGGACCCUGGCGCUGCUAGACACGCAGGUUCACUGCAUGCGCACGUGGGCACAAAUAGCAGAGGGGAAAUUUGGUUGAUUCCCCGCGUUCAUCUCUGUACACC